AUAUUAAUGGGCACUGCAGAUUCCUGUGGUUUGCAACUUGGGUUGUGGCUUUUUCAACCCCAGCUGUCCUAUUUGUAGCAAAGCAGUUGUUGGGAUGGGACCAAAUUGACCCAUCCUGCACCUGUGUGUGGGUUUUCAAGACAACCAUCAAUGUCAUUUAUGAUUUGGGGUCAGAAAUACACAAGUGUCCGGUUCUCCGAAUUUUGAAGCAAUUCACCUUUGAAAUUUCACAUACCUCAUGAUUUUUGGGAUUCCGUUGGUAUUCGGCUUAUUUCAGCUUCCUGCCAUUUUCUGCUCAUCAGGCUGCUUCCACUAGUCCAACAUAUCUGCUCCCUACGUUUAUAACAUGCCGGCAAAGUUAAUAUUUGUGGUACUGAGCAUAGAACAGAGCAGAGUUUGUGGUUAAUAAGAAGGUCUUAACCAAGAUUUAGAGCACUUAGGUAGGUGGAAACCUUUCUUCUCCUUCUAAUCAAACUCAGUAUUUGCUUCAAACAAGACUAGAUGACUGUGGAUGAAGUGGAUAGUAGCUCUGAGUGGAGCAGAGAGCAGGAUAAAGCAUUUGAAAAUGCGUUGGCAACUCAUCCGGAGGAUGCUUCAGAUCGAUGGGAGAAGAUAGCAGCUGACGUGCCGGGGAAGACUAUAGAAGAAAUCAAACAGCAUUAUGAACUCUUGGUUGAAGAUGUUAGCCAGAUUGAAUCUGGUUGUGUGCCUUUACCAUCUUAUAAUUCUUCUUCAGAGGGUUCAACAAGCCAUGCUAGUGAUGAAGGAGCUGGCAAAAAGGGCACCGGUGUUGGGAAUUUUAACAGUGAGUCUAAUCAAGGAACUAAGGCUUCAAGAUCAGAUCAAGAAAGACGGAAGGGGAUUGCUUGGACGGAGGAUGAACACAGGUUAUUUCUUCUGGGCUUGGACAAGUAUGGGAAAGGUGACUGGCGAAGCAUAUCAAGAAACUUUGUGGUGACAAGAACACCUACACAAGUUGCCAGCCAUGCCCAAAAGUACUUCAUUCGAUUAAACUCCAUGAACAAAGAUAGAAGGCGAUCCAGCAUACAUGAUAUCACCAGCGUUAACAAUGGCGACGUGUUAGCUCCACAAGGACCAAUCACCGGUCAGACUAAUGGUUCUGCCACCAACUCUACUGUCAAAGCAACCAAACAAGCCACCCCGGCUUCAACCGCGGUGCCCGGAAUUGGAAUAUAUGCUGCUCCUACCAUUGGACAACCUGUAGGAGGACCCUUAGUAUCUGCAGUUGGCACCCCAGUGAACCUUCCUUCACCUGCACACAUGGCAUACGGUGUCAGGGCUCCGGUUGCCGGUGCAGUUGUACCUGGUGCACCGGUAAACGUGAAUCCUGUGACAUACCCUAUGUCACAUACAUCUGCUCCUCACAGGUGAAUUGCAGCAAAGAGAGGCCUUAAUGUACAAAAUCAACAAGAAACUAGUGGUGGCUUCUGCAGUUGAUGUAAUUCUUUUCUAGACAAUUGCUUUUUGCUUAUGUAUGCAACAAUGAGUUAUAUGCAUAAUCAUCAUUUCAAAUAAGCCAUAUGAGGAAGCAAUUGAAUGUAUCCGCAUAGGCUGCCAUGGAAUGCUUGACAGCCUUGACAUAGAACAGCAUAAAAGUACGGUUGUUUUGCAGACAUUUGAUUGCUAUUGUUAAACCGUGCUACAGAGGAAGGUUCUAUGGAUUUCAAGUGUAAA